CAUCGGUGUUGCAGGUCCUGACCCAGGCGCAACAGGACAUCUCGCACAUUCCUCAGUUGCUCGCCCGGGCGAUUCCCUCGGCUUCCACAUUCUUCAUCAAUUUUACCAUCAUGCGCAUCUGUCUAACGCAAACUAUGGAGCUGAUCAACCUAGGAGCCGUGUGCUUUUACAUCAUGGGCAAGUUCCAGACCCAGUCCCCGCGUGAAGUGGACGAGUCCAAGAACCCUGGACGUCUGAUGUAUGGAGACAUUCUGUCGCGUACGCUGCUGGUCUUUUUGAUCGGAGCUACUUAUGCCGUCCUGGCGCCCCUCAUCCUCCCGUUCAUCACCUUGUUCUUCGCGGCGUCGCUGUUCGUGUGGAAGUACCAAUUGAGUUACGUCUACAUCUCGGAGAUGGACACGGGCGGUCUGUUCUGGUUCGUUUGCUUCCGCCGUAUCAUGUUCAGCACAAUCUUUGCACAGGUCACCGCAUUCGGACUCUUCAGUCUCAAAGGAUCCCUCCUAUCGAUUGUGAUGGUGCCAUUGCCAUUUAUCACCAUGUGGGUGACCGGUAGUCUGACUUCAAAGUACGAGCGCAAAGCCACGUACCUAUCGCUUGACGAGGCUAUCCGUGCGGAUAUCAUUGUGCGGGCCAACGAGAUCAGUCCCCAGGAAGAGUCUCCUCCGGCCUUGGAGGAAUUCGCUCCCAUGUACUUGCAGCCCUUGCUGAUGAUUCCGCCGCUGUUUCCGCGUCUAACCGAGCAAUUCAGGACAGACAAUAAGAAAUCACCCGAGGACGAGACCCGUCGAGAAGCCGAGGUGCUUUCAGAUUUAGCGGACAAUGAGGGUACGAUUGACGAAGCUGUAGAUGAGAAUUCGCCGCUGUUGCGUGCGGGCGAAGCGUGA